AUGCGCUCCUGCGGCGCUGCUGCUGCUGCUGUCCAUCAAACCAGAAGGGGCGUGUUUGAGAGCGGGGGCGUGUCUGAGAGCGAGGACGCGGUCUCUGAAAGCGGAGAUCCCCGCGUCCUCGCGCCACCUCAGCAUAUGAUCUCUGUGGUCUUUGUCGCUGGUAAUCCUCAGGGUAAUCUUGGCGGUCAAAAGAGCGGUAAUCCGGUCUUCUGCGUCGUUCGGCGGACACAUUUUGCCGGUGUUGACGGCGCUGCUUCCGGGAUCUCACCGGGACCCACCCCUCGUCGUAGUACUCCGCCAUUUCCGAGCGAAAGAUGGAUUUUUACCGCUGGAAAGUACCACGGUAGCACAAGUCGGCAAAAAAGAGUGGAAGGUGAUGGAGGUCUCGGGAGGCAGAGCGAGAGCCGGUCCUAUGGCUCCCCCUCAUACCUCGUUGAGGCCUACUGGAUACCUGGUGCCCAAGUUCGCGAUCCAGAUGUGCUCCGCCCUCCGACGUUGGGCGAGGCUCCAUCUGGGGUUCGCUUCGACGACAGUAGCCCGGACGGCAGACCACCCGUGUCGGACAAAAUGCCGGACCAGGUGAGUAUUGGUGUUUUUGCGUCUAACGAUGUUGUACUUAUGUUGGGCGAAUCUCCUAGCUAAGGUAUUGCCCGUCUCGCCCACGUACAUAUUGCCACAUCGUUGACAGCGAAUGACAUAAACACAGUUUUGUGUAUGUAGUCCGCCACGACACAGUGGUUGGAAAACCUUGCGGUUCUGGGGGUUCACAAACCACGGCGCGUGUCGGACAAGGGCGUCCCUCUGGGCGGAGGGUGGGUCUCCCAGUGGGCUGACCCUGGCCCUGACCAACAUAUCAUUCAAGUUGGGGUUCUUCCGGUAGGCCGGUACCACAUAGUGCCCCUGCAGCCUCCCGCUACUCUCCGAGAAUGUACGGAAAUGGGUUUUGACUUUUCUCACGACCCUGACGGCCGAAGGAGAGUAGGUGGUGAUAAGAG